AUGCGUAUAUGGGUUCUAGAGAAUGACGAGAAACAGGAUUGGUCGGAGUAUGCCUACACUCUAUCUGGUGAUAAUUUCCGUGACGUUGAAUGUGAUGUGUUCAAGGUUUACGUAGCUGGAAUGACGUCAGCUACUGGGGAAAUUGUUUUGAUGAAUCGAAAUCACUCGGAACCGUUUUACGUUUUCUACUUCCAUCCCGAAAGGAACGUUAUCAGACGUGUUCAAGUCCAAGGUUUAGUGGAUGGUACAGUACUUGACGUCUUUGUAGACCAUGUUGAUGAUCUUACGUUUGAUAUGAAGUCUUGGCAGCUGGAUUUUCCGAGGUUUGAAAGCAUUAACAAAUUUAAUGCUCUGUCUCUUUUAGAGGAUAUGUGA